ACUUUAUGGUCUUGUCAAACAUCAUGACUGACUUGGAUGUGGAGGAUUCUGUAACAAAACUGAAUACUCAACUGAACAGAUCAAUGGUCCUAAUGGACACUAAAACAACAGAUAAUGAAACAUAUCAACCAAAAAGUAAUAAGUCGAUAAAAAUUAAUACAAAGAUUCAAAAAGCCAGUCCCUCCAGUGCUUCUCCUGUAUCUAGGAAAAGUAUUUUAAAAAAAUCUGAUAUAAGAAACAAUGGAAGAAGAAGUGAAACAGAAGCACAAAAUGAAAAAAUUCAGUUGGAAACAUUAAACAAUGCAAACAAUGAUAGAUUGUCAAUGAAUAUAUCAAAUGCCUUUAGACCUCAUAGUAUUGAUGAUUUAAUCAAAGAAGAAAAUUUAAUUGUAGAAUCUACAAAUUCCACAUUUAAUUUGGAUGAUAUAUCUGACAGUGAAGACAUAUGGAUAAUGGAUAUUCCUAGAACUAUAAAUCCAGGUGAACUUAAAGGACAGUCAUUAGUGUUUGGAGAAAAGUCAAAAUUUAAAAUUAACGAGGAACGAUAUUAUGCAGUGAAUAAUAAUGGUAAAUGUAAUAUCACUUGUGUGUUUAAGACCGAGGAAGCCAAGUCACAAUAUAAGACAGUUAAUGUGAAGCCAGCAGGUACAAUCAGCAUUAGGCGGAAACUUUCAGGUAUUUCAAAAAUAAAACCAAUGCUGAUAGAAAACUCUAGUGUACCAUUCCCUGAAAACUUGAAAACUCGUCAUCCUUUAUUUGGUGUAAGUUGUGAAGGUAAAGUUAGAAAGAGUGCAAUAAAGUAACUCGCCCAGAAUAAGGGACAACAAUUACAAAGAACAAAUACUGUAAAUUAUACACUGUUUAAAAUUUACAUACUCUUCGUCAUUGUAUAUUGUGUUAUUCAUAGAAGCCUACAUGUUAAAUUUUUCUUACGUACAGUGUUAUUUUGUUCAACAAAUG